UCAAGGUGUCUCGAAGUGUGAACACAUCAUGAGGACAGCAACCGUAGUUCUUUUGGCCGGCGUUUGCGCCUUGGCUGUUGCCACCCCAGUCUCCAAGCAAGAAUACAAAAUUGCUGAUAAGGUCUUCCUCGAGAAGGAAAAGGAUGUUCUCCGUUUGUUCGAGUACGUGAACCAACCGGCUUACUACAAGGAUUUUAUUGAGAUCGCCAAGGACUUCAAAUUCGAUGGACACUGGGACCAAUGGACCCAGCCCCAAUACGCUAAGGAAUUCUAUCACUACUAUGAGCACGAUAUCCUUCCACAAGGAGAGGUCUUCUCCGUGUUCUACCCAGAGCAUUUGAAGCAAGCCGUCGCUUUGUUCAGAGUAUUCUACUACGCCAAGGACUUUGAGACUUUCUUCAAGUCCGCUGUCUGGGCUCGUCAACACGUUAACGAAGGCAUCUUCGUUUAUGCUCUUUCUGUUGCCGUCAUCCACAGCCAAUGGACCAACGAACUUGUCCUUCCUCCAAUCUACGAAAUCUACCCACAAUUCUUCUUCACCGACGAAGUCAUCCACAAGGCUCAACAGUACAAGCAACACUACUGGGGAACUUACGAGCACGAGAAGGAAAUCAAGGAUGAAAGCUACAAGGGCUACACCAUCCAAGCCAACUACUCCGGCUGGUACAUGAACGUCCACCCAGAACAAUCCAUGACCUACUUCACCGAAGAUGUCGGUCUUAACUCUUACUAUUACUACCUUAACAUCUUCGCUCCAUUCUGGAUGGAAAGCAAGGAAUUGAAAUACGAUGCCUCUUUCCGUGGACAGUUCUUCUACUACCGCCACCAACAGCUUUUGGCCCGUUACUACUUGGAGCGUCUCUCCAACGGUAAAGGUGAAAUCCCACACUUCGACUUCGAGCACCCAAUUGAGACCGGCUUCUACCCAUCUCUGACCUACGGCAACGGUUUGAAAUUCCCGACCAGGCCAAACCACGCUAACCUCUACUACCACGGUGUCCACGGAGAACAAAACUACAAAUGGUUCGGAAACUACUCCAACUCAUACACCUACGUCAAGGACUACGAAAGGCGUCUCCGUGAUGCCCUCGACAACGGAUGGGUUUACACCCCAGAAGGCAAACAAGUUUUCUUGUACACCAAGGACGGAUUCCAAACUCUUUGCAAUUUGGUUGAGAGCAACCCUGAUUCACCACAUGGUCGCUUCUACGGAGACAUCCAAGUCUUCGCUCGUCACCUUUUGGGAUACUCCUACUUCCCAUUGGACCAAUACAAGGUAGCCCCAUCCGCUUUGGAGCACUUCGAAACCUCUCUCCGUGACCCGAUGUUCUUCCAAUUCUACAAGAGGAUGAUGUACUACUUCCACCAAUACCAGAACUACAUGGGACCAUACGAAAGGCAAUACCUGAACUUCGACGGUGUCAAGGUCGAGGAUGUCCAAGUUGACCGUCUCAUCACCUUCUUCGAUUACUACUACUCCGAUCUCUCUCACUCCGUUGCCGUUGACGAGAAGGAAUUCGUCGAAGACACCUUCGAGGUCCGCGCUCGCCAAUUCCGUCUGAACCACAAGCCAUUCAACUACAAGAUCAACGUUGUCAGCGAGAAAGCCAAGGAAGCCUUCGUCAAGGUCUUCAUUGGCCCCAAAUACGACGAAUACGGACGCGAAAUUGACAUGGAAGACAACUACAUGAACUUCUUCGAAUUGGACAGGUUCACCUACAGCCUCCAAGCCGGCAAGAACGUUAUCGAGCGUAACUCCAGGGAAAGCAAAUUCUUCAGCGUCGACCGCACCACCUACAAGCAGCUCUACAAGCAAGUCCUCACUGCCUACAACGGUGGCGAAGCCUUCAAGUACUACCCGAUGUACAAGUACACCUCCUUCCCACAGAGGUUGAUGCUCCCCAAGGGCGAAUACGGCGGCAAGACCUACCAAUUCUACGUCAUCGUCAGCGAGUCCCACGGACAUGAAGAAUCCAGCACCACCGCUCAAUACUUGGUCGACACCAAGUACACCAUCGGCUAUCCAUUCGACAGGCCGAUCAAGUUCGAGCACGACUUCUUCGUACCAAACUCCUACGUCAAGGACGUCGUCAUCUACCACAAGAACACCGAAGAGGAGAUGAACACCACCUGGAGCAAAUAUUAAAUUUCGCUCAAGUCGCAAACAAUAAAACGUCGACCGCAAAUGUAAAUUCUUAUGACUCGAUAUAAAUAUAUGUUCUAAAACGCA